GUGGAAAGUUAAUAAUGGACAUUUUCUCUGUGUGAUGAACGGAUCUCGAAUAUCCUUUUUCGGAUUUGGAGUUGUUCCUUUUUCAAUUUUCUUAUUUUCCUCUACUUCUUUCCCUUCCCUUUUUUAAUUACUGCAAACGGUUCUAAAGGCUAUUUUAUGCAAUCGACAAGACAGUUCAAAAAGGCAGCAAGGAAAGAGCCGACGGUUUCAUCUGGAAUUUCUGUUCAUACAUCAGAGCCUUUGUAUGUCAAAGGCCAAGCCAAAACACGAGCAAAUAUUCCUGAACAAACUACAACUGCUUCAGUUGAAUCAGUAACUACUAAUGGGCCAGCACAUGUUGAACAUCGACAUGAUAACCAUUAUAAACAAGAUCACUCUCAAGAUAAUCCAUAUAGUGCUCAUAAUCAGCCAAACGCUCAGCAUCAUAAUCAUGAAUAUGGUCAUCAUCAAGAACAUGCGCACAUACCUCAGCAACAUUAUGCUCAUCAUGAUCACAGUAAACACCAUGACCAUUCUCAUCAUGACCAUGCUAAUCAUGACCAUUCUCACCAUGACCAUGCUCAUCAUGACCAUGCUCACCAUGAUCAUGCUCACCAUGACCAUGCUCACCAUGACCAUGCUCAUCAUGAUCAUUCCCAUCAUGACCAUGCUCAUCAUAAUCAUAAACAUGCCUUUUCACCCGUGUAUAUCCAGCCUCUUCCUCCAUGGAGCUACAUAUUUUCUAAUCUUUUGCCCGAGCAAAAGACACUAUUCACCUGGUUUUUGAUUCACCUUGGUAUUGGAUUCUGGCUCUACUGUUUAGGUGUCAGUAGAGAAAGUCUAUCCAUGGUAGGAUUUGCCUAUUUAAUGAUCUUUGAUGCCUUGGGUGUAUUAAAUACCUUUGUAUCAAGCGUGCUACGAACCUAUCCUGAUUUCACUGCCUCUAAUACAAAGCGUCCAUACGGCACGUAUCGAUAUGAAAUUGUUUUUGCGUUAGGAACAACCAUCUAUCUUUUGUUUGCUACGAUGAAUAACACCAAGGAAUCUUUGGAACACUUUUUAUUACAAGAUCAGCACCAUGGAGGCGAAGCACAUCAUAAGGAAGGUCCUGGAUCCGUCCUUAGUUUUGGUAUGUUCCUUUUGAUGGGAGCAGCGAUCUCUGCUACGUGUUUAUCAAGCAUCAGUCUGAGGAACCAUGAAAGUUUUGUCAGAUAUCUUCGAAAACGGCCAACGACAGUACAAGGGUUUACAUAUAAUGUUAUCAAUAGAGCAAGAGCCAGUCCACUCAGUGCAUUAUCAUCCAACAUCUACUCGCUAUCGAUUGCCCUCUGUGGAGCAAUUGUGCUUAUUUCCUAUAUACUUGGCAUAGUCACGCCACUCAUGGACAAAAUAUUGGCACUAUCUGAAUCCGUUGUCACCUUUUAUUUAGGAUACCCUACUGCCAAGGCAUUAGCCAAGGUCUUGCUUCAAACAACACCCAGUUCAAUUAGAAAUGGUGUAGAGAAUCGUCUUCGAGAGAUUCAACGUCAAGAAUCGAAUAUUACUUCUAUUGGUCGAACUCAUUUUUGGCAAACAACCUACGGUAAAUGUGUUGGAACGAUUGAAAUAUACAUUAGACCAGAAGCAGAUGAGCAAGCAAUAUUAGAAUUAGUUUAUCAAAAGUUGGAAGGACUGACGAAUAGUACAGCAGACAACAAUCAAAGUGAAUUAACCGUUUGUAUUAUCAAACAAUAAAAUGCCACAUCUUUAAAAAUCACUUCUUUUUUUUGAACUUCAUUUCUCUUUUUUAGACGAGACCCUUUUUGUCUGAAGGCACCACUCUUUAUUUCAAUCCUUGCUCUUUAAGGACUAAUCACUAAUUAUCAGAACAAACUAUGCUGAUAUGAAUAAGAAGAUCGCAUAAAAAGAUCAAAACCUUUGUAGGUGAUGCCCUAUCUUACGGCUUUACUCCUUCUGCCAUCAAUAGCUGUUUCUAGCCUUUGUCUACAUUGAGCAUCCAAUAGCAACAAUAGAAGUGGAGAGUAACGUGUAAGCUUUAAGAAACAUGUUUGAUUUAAAAAAAAGAAUAAAAAGUUAAUCAGCUG